AUGGAUUCCUCGCUACCACCGAUACGAAGCUAUACACCCCAAAACCCCGAUGGACCAUUUCCAUAUUCAAAGGCAGAUCUCACUCCCAUGGAUGCGGGAAGUGAUCAGAGUUUCUACACAACUCCCCGAUUUGUCACGCAUAUCGACGAUAAUGCCAUCAUCAAUCUGAGAAAAUACUACGCCCAAGUCAUACCCAGAAAAGGACGAGUGCUGGAUUUCUGCUCAAGCUGGAUAUCGCAUUAUCCAGCAGAUCUGGCAAAUGAGGCCGCAGCAGGAGAAGUGGAGGUCCUUGGAACGGGCAUGAACAAGUCAGAACUAAGCAAGAACCCCAUUCUGAAAGCCUGGUCUGUCCAAGAUCUGAACGAAGAACCUGAGAUGCGGCUUCCGGGGGAGGGAGAAGGGAGAAAAAUUGAUGCUUCCACAUGUGUUGUCUCCAUCGAUUACCUGACAAGACCGGUGGAGGUGCUCUCGAGCAUUCGACAGCAAACGGACAAUGGAGGCAAAGUCCACCUGAUCAUUUCCAAUCGCUGCUUUCCAGCAAAGGUUGUGGGAAGAUGGCUCAAAGUCGACGAGGAGGCACGUUUAAACAUGGUGGGAGACUAUCUGUGGUGGAGCGGAUGGAGGAACAUUGAGAUUCAGACUCUUGUCGACGGAUCUUGGACGACGGAUCCCUUGUGGGUGGUGAGGGGUGAAAAUCCUGAGACUUAG